AUGACGGAAGUCAAGAGCAUAGUCCCAGGUCUUACCGCAGCCGGUCGGAGACUCGAGGUAUUCGGGCAGCAGACGCACCGAUGGCGACGCCUCUCCGACAGACUGUUCGAUCUAAGAGAGGGCAUAGAUGCCGCCGAGAUCUCUCUCCAAAGUUGGCAGCGGAAGUUCAACGUCCAAGAACGGCAACCCAUCAUCUACAUGCAGGUCUUGUUCGGAAGACUGGGAUGCGAACGCGUGCAAGCUACCUUGAAAGAGAUUCAAGUCCUUACAGGGUCGAUGAGACAAGAUAUUGAUCUGAUUGUUGGCUGUGCGUUGCGUGCUCGACCAGGGCAUUCGCACACUGACGAGUGGCUCGUCGAGGAUUGUCUGAAACGGAUAUGGCGUAAAACUUCCUGGUCGCACAAGUUCGUUCUGAGCGUCCUCAGAAGGGCUGAGAAUCUGGGUACACGUCUGGGAUGUAUGCAUCGGAAGCUCACCAUGCUGGAACGAUUUUCCGAUUAUCACCUCGAAAAAGAACAUCCAGGCAUCUUCUUGGGACUCAAGCGUCUACCUGGAAGGAAAUCUGUGCUGAAACCUGGCGAUGGACGGUCAGGUUCUGUGCAGAUCAAGCUUCUCGAUGCGCUUUCUGCGCAAAAGGAUGCUGAAAUGCUACACAAAGCCUCCGGUGAGGACAGCAGAGUGCACAUCGGAUUGUCAGUACCACAGAUACGAGAGCAAGACUUCGCUUUCUUGCUUUCGCUAGAUGGGAGCACUCACGAGGUGCUGGUACACCCUGUGAAGAUCGAAGCCAUCAGCGGGUCUUCGCGCGUGAAGAGCAGCCUAGCCACUGCAAUUCCCAAUCUGAUGCAGGCAAAAUACAAAUACGAUGUCUGCUAUGUCAAACCAUCCUCACGCAGCUCCAACGGUUUCGAGCUCAGUAUACCCCCGACCAACCUCCUCUCCAACCUCGAAUUCAAAUACCCGCUCUCCACCAUCUUCAGCGACCAAAACACCCGCAUCGGCUCUCAAAUCCUCUACCCACAAGACCAGUGCGCAAUCGCAAUCGGCAUUGCGCGCUCCUCCCUCCGCCUCCUCGGCAGCCCGUGGCUCGACCACCUCUCCAGCACCAACCUACGCUGGCGCCGAACCGCCAACCGAAACCACACCAUCAUGCUGACCCGUACACACGUCAAAUCCCAAACAACACGCGCGCUGGAUUCCUGCCUCGCAGCGCACAAACCCCGCAUCCAUCUCUCAAAACACGUCCACAUCUUCCGCGUCGGCCUCGUCCUCGCAGAACUCUGUUUCAAAACCUCGAUCGCGCGCAUCGCCUUGGACGCGGCCACCGCCACGGUUGAAGUCUUUCUCGACGGCACCGAAGCGCUCGGUGCGAUGGAGCUUGCGGCCGAGGUGGAGCGCAGGACCAACGUGUAUCUGGGCAACAUUGUGUUUUCCUGUCUCAGUGCGCUGCAGGACAGUGAUGCGUUGGGUGAUGAGGGAAUCGAGGGCGCUUACUUGGCGGAUGUAAUCGAGGAGGCCGAGAGGCUGGAUGGUGUUAUCAGCACAGGGGCGAAGUGGGAGGCGAUGGGGUCUGGAAGUAGUGCGAGUGGAAGUCUAAGGGGCAGUGUGGUUUCGAUACCGGGCGGGCGGUGGUGA